CUCAAUUCCACCCCACAACUUUACAAUGGAGGGUUACUCACAAAGCGACAUCAUGGCGGCGCUCGCCGCGGCCGCACAGCGCCCCAAGCCGGCCUCCACCCCCUUCUCCGAGCUGUCCAAGGACGCGCUCACGACCAAGGGGAGCUUCGACGGCGCGUUGAUCAACACCCGCCGCCUCAUCUGCCCGCGUGAAGGCUGCGGCUGUGUGAUUCUUCGUGCAAAGAAUUCGUCAUGGGAGGAGUGCGAUGGAGACAUUCUCCCGCACGACUCCGCCGCACCCUUCUCCCCGUCCGCACACGCAUACUGGCGCGUCGACGGCGGACCCUAUACCUUCGAGAACAUCGGGUACUCGCGCAACGUGGACGCCACGCUGCCGUCCGGCGCGCCUGGCGCCGGCGCCGGCAAAGUCAAGUGGCUGAUCUGCGCUGAGUGCGAUAUGGGCCCGUUGGGCUGGAGCACCGAGGGCGGGGAUAGCUCGUGGGUUGCCGUCGAGCGCGUGCGGUAUGGCCAGGAUGCAUAGGGUGGAUGGGGCAAGAGCAGGGUGAUCUAUCGGGAAGGCGUGGAAG